AUGCUUCGAUCAUCGCGUGUUUCUCAACUAGCCGAUGCUGCAACAACGGCGGAAAAUGCCACCGUUUUGGAAACCAAUGUCACUUCUCCGACCCAUGAGGCUGGGCACCGCGGCAUGUCCGAUGCCAAACACAAGUUGAUUCAGGAGAAAACGCGCGAACUGGAAGAACUAAUGAAAAUCAAGACCAUGAGCGAUCAAAUGGUUCAGUACUUUGAAGAACUAGGCAACAGCAUGCAAGAACUAUCAAAAGGAGCUCAAGGCGUCGCCAAUACCCUUACCAACUGGGAUUAUGUGUUCCGCACCAUGAGUUUCAUGGAUACAGAUGACAAGCAAGCUGAUAAAACAUUGGUGAAACUUCCCAUUGUCAACAACAACAACCAACCAUCCAAAUCUUCCUAA